UAACAGUGACUAAUUAACUAAACCUUAGUUUAAAAGUAUAAAUAUUAUAUAACAAAAAGAAGGUCCCAUCUAAAGAGCUGGUAGAAGGUUACGAUGCCUUGCCCAUUAUUAAGAAAGAAGAAAGAGGUUAGAGGUUUUGGAGCCGUAUUAAUCAUGAAAAUAUUUACGCUUUAAAGGAAAUGUUCAAUAUACCACCAGAAAAGCUACCUUCGUGGUUACCAGACGAAGAAAGACUUAACGUUUUAUUUGGACCUCUUAGAAACCGAGAAGUGAAUCAAAGAGAUUGGGAGGAUAAGAUAUCUUCCUGGAAAGCGAUAAUCAAAAUUUAUUGUGAAGCCAACAAUAUUUUUUGUUUUACUUUAUCAAAUCUUAAGGAAGUAUUUCAGCGGCAUGGAAGGCCCCCUAACUGUUUGGAGGAAGUAAUAGAAAGCAUGCUGAAAAACAAAGAAAUUGAAAUUCUUGAAUCAUUUAACAGGAAGCCCGCUGAAACUUGGAGUGAAUUAGCAUUGAAUGUGAUUUUGAAACCUGUAACUUGGUCUUUUACUAAAAUGAAAACAAAAAUUUUUUAUAGUCUAAAUGACUGCCAAUUUGUACAUUUAGAAGUUGUUAAGAAUAAAAGUCAAACUUUGUUGUCUUCAGUUCCAGAGAGUUAUAGAAAGAAACUCAUAAAUGCGCAUGAACUAACAAAAUUAUCAAACAUGAAUUCAAAAACGAGUGAUAUAAAACUUUUGUUGCAUUAUUUGUAUUUAAAGGAUAAAAUUGACAUUCGAAAUAUAAAUGCCAGAACACAGAAUGAACUUGAAUCAAUUGUACUAAAAAUUUAUGAGGCAGGAAAAGAUAAAACAAUAACUGAAUUAGAUAUUGGCAUUUAUAUUUUGGAAGAGAAUGAAAACUUGCUGUCCAAACAUAUUGAAACCAUGGAAGAUGAAAUUCAAAAUUGCUUAAAGAAUGCUAAAAUACAUUUAGCUCAAAAACAUAGGCAUUCGGCUAAAGUGUGCCUUAUUAAGAAGCAUAGCUUAGAGAAAAGACUCCAAAAAAAGAUAAAUGCACUUCAUAACAUCCAAAAUCUUCUGGAACAAAUUAAAGACAGUCAUACAGAUGCUCACAUAUGGGAAGCAUACAAAAGUGCGCUCAAUGCAUUUAACAAAACUUACACAGACAUUGGACUUACGGAAGAAGCUGUUGAAGACACUAUGCUAAAAUUGGGCGAGGUUUUGGAAAUAAAUGAGGAUAUACAAUCUGCUUUGGCUCACCAAAUACUUGAAGAUAACUCAAGCGAUAUAGAAAAUGAAUUGGAGGAGCUAUUAAAGGGUUCACAUUCUAAUAAAGACCCUCCACCUGAUGAUGAAUCUGGUCUUAGUGAUGAUCUAGAAAAUCGAUUUCAAAAGUUAAAAAUUCCUUUACCUAAUGUGCCAGACACCAAUGUAUUAAUGCCAGAAUGUGUUUAGUUAUAUUUGAGCAGAUUAAGAAUAUAUGGAAUAAUAUCUAGAGUUAAUAACAAAUCAACAUGUUUUUUGUUUAUUGCUUAUUAUUAUCCUCUUUUUGAAAAUCAAAUAACCAUUCAAAAUAACUUCACUCUUAAAUGUAAUUUAAAACUGGGGCUCAUGGAGACUUGUCACAUAUUUUUCAACCUUUUUUAAAAACUUGAAGUGUAUUUUCAAUCAUAGAAAACAUAUACUGCAAA